AUGGAAAACUUCAUUCUGUAUGAGGAGAUUGGAAGAGGAAAUAAAACAGUUGUUUAUAAAGGAAGAAGAAAGGGGACAAUUAAUUUUGUUGCUGUUCUUUGCACUGACAAAUGCAAAAGAGCUGAAAUAACAAACUGGGUUCGUCUGACUCAUGAAAUCAGACACAAGAAUAUAGUGACAUUUUACGAAUGGUAUGAAACAAGCAACCAUCUCUGGCUUGUAGUGGAAUUAUGCACAGGUGGUUCUCUAGAAUCUGUUAUUGCUCAAGAUGAACAUCUACCUGAAGAUGUAGUGAGAGAAUUUGGUGUUGAUUUGAUUGCUGGUUUGUACCAUAUUCAUAAGCUUGGAAUAAUCUUUUGUGAACUGACACCUGGAAAGAUUUUGCUAGAAGGGCCUGGCACCUUGAAAUUCAGUAACUUUUGCUUGGCUAAAGUGGAUGGUGAAAACUUGGAAGAAUUUUUUGCUUUAGUUGGAUCUGAAGAAGGUGAAGGAGAUGUCAAUGAAAGCACUCCACAAAGAUUCCUGAAAAAUAGAUUUCGAGGCUCUCCAUUAUACACAGCUCCAGAAGCAAUAAAGGGAGAAGACUUCUCCAAAGCCAGUGAUCUGUGGUCCUUGGGAUGUUUACUUUAUGAAAUGUUCUCAGGAAGGCCACCAUUCUUCUCAGACAGCUUUUCUGAAUUAAUUGAAAAGAUUUUAUAUGAAGAUCCAUUGCCACCUAAACCGGAGGGUUCUGCUUUUUACAAACCUUCUGCCGAGUUCGUUAGUUUGCUUGAUGGCUUGCUUCAAAAGAAUCCUCAGAAAAGGCUGAAUUGGACAGACCUAUUGCAGCAUCCAUUUUGGAAAGGAUCCCUUAGCCAUUGUGGUGAUUCUGCAGACAGCCAGGGCACAAGCUCAAGCAGUGAAGACACAGAGUCAUCUGUGUCUUGGAGUGCCAAAGAACCAGUGGAUACUCAUAAAAAUCUAGAUAACAUGUCAUCCUCAAGAGCAAAUAAUAAGCUACCCAGCAAUUCUUUCAAAAUAGUAGAAAAUCAGACUGAAUUGCGCCCAAAAAGUGCAGUUGAUGGUGAAUCAAAUGAAUCAAUAUUUCUUCUCAG